AUGUCUGAACAAAGAGACAAUGCUUCCCAGCCACAGCACUCCACCACCUCGUCAACAGCCAGCGGAGCUCAAAACCCGCAACAUGAUGCUCACCAGCUACGACAAUCGCAGGUGUUGCCAUAUCCAGGGUUCCAACAGAGCGGAUAUGCGCAUAUUCUGGCCGGUUCCAACUCUUCCAGUAGACCAUAUGGCUACCCAGACUCCCAAUACCAGGGCUACGUUCAACAACCUCAACAAUCUGCAAGUGGUGCUAGUGCCUACGUGAAUGGGUCUUCCAACCCAAGCGUUGGAUCUGGAUCCCCUCAGCAACAAGCGCAACAACAAGCGCAACACCAACCACCAUUGCCGCAGCAACAACCUCAGCAACAGCCUGUGCAAUCGCAGCAGCAGCAGAUACAGCAGCAACAGCAGGUUCAACAGGUGCAAGCUCAACAAGCACAGCUUGGUUAUGGAAACCCAUACCAAAGUGCGUACUACAUGUCGACCCAACCAGGUCAGGUUCAGCAACAACCCGACUACGCUAGUUACGCCAGCUAUGCUAGAAACUACGGUUACGUCGCGCCAACAAACUACCCGGUAACGGCGUAUUCCAACGCUGGCACCACUGCUGCUUCUGGAAUCGGCUCAAUGAACGGAUCAAUAAUCUCCCAACAGGCACAGAGCCAGAUCCAGAAUCCGACUUCGGGCCAGUUCUCGUCACCUGCCCCCAGUUCCAUGGCCACCAUUGGCCAGGUCCAGCCAGCAGGUCUCCGCCCUCGUAUCACUACCACUAUGUGGGAGGACGAGAAAACUCUGUGUUACCAGGUGGAUGCCAAUGGGGUUUCUGUAGUGAGAAGAGCCGAUAAUAAUAUGAUUAACGGCACUAAGCUCUUGAACGUUGCCCGCAUGACGCGUGGAAGACGUGACGGUAUUCUGAAGAGCGAAAAGAUUAGACAUGUGGUCAAGAUUGGAUCGAUGCAUCUGAAGGGUGUCUGGAUUCCUUUUGAGCGUGCCCUGUCCAUGGCUCAACGCGAGAAGAUUGUGGACCUGUUGUAUCCCCUUUUCGUGAAGGAUAUCAAACGGGUUAUCCAGCAAGGAACUCCAACCAAUGCGAUUCCCAACGGAUCGACUUCUUCUUCAAACACGGGACCUGCUGCUACAUCUAACCAAUUGAGCCUGAGCUCGGCUUCAUCCCAGCCUACUCAGCCAGCUCCUUCUCAGCAACCUACUCCAGUGCAACAACAAGACCAGGCUGUACAGCCUUCUCAGUCGCAGCCUUCUCAACCAGUUCAUAAUCAGCAUCAAGUUGGCCAACAACAGCAGAUUCCACUGAUCCAGUCUGGAGGUUACAAGCAAGAAUCUCAGUCCAGCAUACCUCAGCAGUCACAACCAGAUUCUGCUAGUGCCCAGCAAGCCAACCCAUACCUGCACUCAUAG